AUGAUCAUCACUCCACAACGACAAAAGGACACCUCGUUGAAUUUAUUAUUGGAUGUUCCCGAUUAUUUCUUCACCUUUACCUUUCCCAUGCUAGGGAUCAUUCUCCAAGUUUCCAAAUCCUUUGGCCGUCUCCGCAUGGAAGAACGAGCCUGGGAAUUGCGGGUCGAAGAAGCCCGCCAAAAGCGAAUCGAAGAGGACCCAACUCUGACCGAAAUUGAAUUGAGGCGCAAAGAAGCCGCCAUGGAAUGGUCAGCCUAUGGAAAGCCACGAAUGGACGAAGAACGAUUGCAAAAGGAACAACAAGAAAAAGAAAUGAUGUAUGAAUCAAGGCGUCGGAAUCGUGUUCAAGUGAUGGAUCGGGACGAAGAAGACGACGACGAGGAAGAUGAAACACAAUACCGCAAGAAUCGCAUGACUGACAAGGAAAUUGACUUGUUUGAAAUGGAAUAUGGAGUCGAUUAUGAUCCAUAUUAUGAUGAUCCCUAUACUGAAGAUGAACUUCCUGAUGACAUUCCGUACAAUGUGGAUCGCAAGUAUGGAGAUCGUAUUUACGACAAUGGCGAAAUAUUUUACAAGGACAAGGAAUCGGGGAUGUUUUACCGACAAGGGGCCAAACCAAGAAUGUUAUCGUUUUGGCAAUAA